AGUAGUUGCGAAUGUGGCUCACUCCUCUUCGCACACACAUUCGCUAAUUACCUUUAUGCAUACAAUAUAUAAGUAUAUAUAUUUAUAAACGUGUACUAUGCACUUACGAUACGCGUUCAUGUAUGUAUUUAAUAUAUACUGACAGAUCUACGGGCAUACGCGCAGUGCAGAUUCUGCCUUCGUUUAACAGUGUGUUGUAUUGUGCAACAACCGUAAAAAUGUGUACGAACAGCGAAUUCCAGCCGGAGUUGGAUUCGAUGAGGUCCGAUCGGAGGCUGCUACUGCUGCAGCUGUGAAUUAGCGAAAAAAUAAACUCGAAUUGCGACUUCGAGCACGGGCCAUAUACAAUACACACAUACAUAUGUAUGAUAUACUCAAUCGUGCGCGAAUAUCUUCCGGAAGAAGAGAAAGUGUCUAUAAUUUAAUAAGUGCACCCUCUUAAUCUGCUGUGACUCGCGACGUCGGUUAUUCUUCGCGUCUUGUGCUUUACGUGCAUCGUUUACGAUUGUAUUAAAAGUGCAUAUUAUUGCUGCUAAUCGGAGUGUGAUUGUGCGCAUUCUUGGUUACUUUACACAUAAAUGCAGGAUACGUCGUAUCGUAUUGUUGCUGCUGCUGCCUAUCCCGAGAUGCCAUGGUUCAAGUGAUAUUUGUGCAACACCCAAAGAUCAGGAUCGCUGGUCUUAAACGUAUAUGUAUUUGUAUAAGGCGCCCAUAAUUUCGGCCGAAAGGGAGUCAUACUUUCUAGUUUAAAAUGGGUUCCACCACGCGUGCGUCCCAAAUUUUCCGUCAAAUCUGUCAAUUCUAGUUGGAAUAGUCACUGGUGCAUCUUUUUCACGCCUAUGAUUAAGAGCCCCCAUGGCUAAUGCGGGCCCUUUACUUAAUUUUUGCUGUAUGCAGAUACUCUAUCUUUGAUAUCAUUUGGUCAUCGUGCUCUUUCGAUCUAUUUAAUGAAUUAUUACUUUCCUACAUUCAGUUAUUGAGGGUACAUUGUUCAUACAAAACUUUUUGCAAGUGUUUCUGAAUCAAACUUUCCAACUUUUGACCUCAUCAACUUGGUUAAUCUCAUGAAUCGUGCCAUGGCACUUGAAAAUAGAUCAAGCUCUGCUCAAUUUAAAAGAGCAGAGCAAUUAAAGCGCUGGGAGCAAUCUGAAACAAAUAAGCAAUCGUCCCAACCUAGAACUCAUAAUUUGAAGAUAAAGUUUCCAAAAGAAUGCAUUUUCUUGGCAGCCUGUACUGCUGGGGAUAAAGAAGAAAUUCUUUCUUUAAUAAAAACAGGAGCAGAUAUAAAUACUGGAAAUAUUGAUGGGCUGACUGCUUUGCAUCAGGCUUGUAUCGACGACGAUCUCGAUAUGGUUGAGUUUUUAUUAAAUCAAGGUGCCGAUGUUAAUCGUCAAGAUAAUGAAGGAUGGACGCCUCUACAUGCCACUGCGUCUUGUGGUUUCCUCUCUGUUGCAAGGUUUCUGAUCGAUAACGGAGCCUAUGUCGCUGCAGUGAAUAACGAGGGCGAUUUGCCCGAGGAUAUAGCCCAAGACGCUGAAAUGAAAGAAUUUCUUCACGAACAAGUUGAAAGCCAGGGUUUAAACGUCGAUCGUGAGAAAAAAAAGGAAAAAAUGCGAAUUAUUGCCGACGCUCAAGCUUGGUUAUCUGGGGAACCUGACAAAUCGAAAGUUGAUCUAGAUAAUUUUUGCACUUCCCUUCACGUCUCUGCAGCCAAAAAUUACUACGAAGUUGUCUCGCUCCUAUUGAAAUGUGACUGUAUUAACAUUAACCGAGUUGAUGAAGAAGGAUGGACACCAAUUCAUGCUGCGGCACAUUGGGGUAGUACCGAAACUUGUGAGAUACUCAUGAAGAACUUCUGCGAUACAGAUAUCCGCGAUUUAAAAAAUCAAACUGCGAUCGAUGUUGCUGAUUCUAGUAUUGUUGAUUAUUUAAAAGAGCUGAAGGAGAAAUAUGAUGCUCUGCGUAAAGAUCGACCCGAAGUCAACAAUAAACUUUUGUCUCCGAAAAAACGUGCAUCGGUAAAUAAAGAGGAUUCAGUGACUCCCAAAGAAGAUAUAGAAGUACACGAUGAAGAAACACCAAGCAAACUUAAAAAGGUUGAAUUGGAAAUUCAAUCUGAUAAAGAAGAAUCAAGCAUCGAGAAUAGCGAUGUUGAAAAGAAAAAUCGAGCUAAUCGUGAAGAGACAGUGGCGCUCAGUCCACAAUCAAUGCAGGAUUCGAACGAAGUUUCUAGUCAGCCUCCGGUCUUGCCACCUAAGCAACAAGAUGAAAAUAACAAAGAACGAGUAGCCUCCUGGCGACGCUCAGGUUCUUUGAAGAGUCGUGGAUUUGAAAAUGACGAAAAUGAAAAGUCAAUUCUUAAAACACCAAAUUCUGCCAAGGUAACAGAAGAACCAGAAGUAGUGCUUAGAAGAACUCAAAGUUUCGAACCAGAAAACAGAGAUAAACAACUCAAUUUAGAUUUAGUAGCAAGCAACAACACAAACCAAGGUGCAAACUUGUCUUUGCCAGCUACACCACUUACUGGUUCUAAUCUGACUUCAAGCUCUGCUACAAGCCCGGCGCCUACUAACGUAACGCGCAGAUCUUUCGUACCACCGGUUCGUGACGAAGAGAGCGAAACUCAGCGUAAAGCUCAUGCUAAACGUGUACGUGAAACGAGACGUUCUACUCAAGGUGUCACUUUGGACGAGAUCAAGAGUGCUGAACAGCUCGUAAAGAAAAAACAGCAACAAAGCAAUGAUGUAGAUACUACAGUUUCUGGCACUAGCUCCAAUGGCAGUACCAGCACGACAACAGUAUGCACAGCCAAUGCUAAUACCAUACCUCAGUCAACUGCAAUAACGACGGCAACGACAACAGUAAACAAUAACGGAAACAACGGGGAAAUAGCAAGUACGGCUACAACGACGACAGCCUCGAUUACGGCGACUAUAACGACAGCUAGUCCGACCACGACAAGCGCGAGCAAACUACCAAUUACAGCAACUUCCGAGGUCGAAACGAAUCUACCGGAGCGACGGCCAUCCUGGCGAUUAAAAGUCGAUGGAGGAAGCAAGUUCCAGUUGGAGGAUGCCAAUAAUCGAAGUUCUUUGACAUCGGUUACGUCUGCUGAUACGACAGUAGCGUACAUUAGAAGACCUAUGAGUACUAAUGCGACGACUACAGGAACAGGUACGAGUGGACAACGACCUACGUCGGCACCUGUUUCUGUUACGUCUACGAGUAAUGCCGAAACGACAGUUACCCUACCGCUUAGAAGACCAUUUAAUAAACCUCCCGAAGAUAAAGAACAAGACAAAGAAAAUGACAGUCGAAAUGCCCAAGCAACACAAGCUGUCAUUCAAAGGAGACGGAGGCCCAAAAGACGAUCCACAGGCGUUGUUCACGUUGACAUGGAUGAAAUCGAUCCUGAAAAACAAGAUUUAGCAUCCGGUGAAGCUGAUGAUUCAAUCAAACUCAACCAUAAUGAGAGCGGACACGAUCGUUCCGGUCGCUCGAGCAGAUUUGGUUCUGUGUCGUCUCUGUCGUCCGAUGGCGGUGUAACGUCUUCGAGGGCAAGCAAGAGCAAUCAGCAGCAAGCCACGGAAAACGGAGAGCUAGACUACAAGAAGCUUUGGGAGGAAUCGCAAGCGGAAAACGAGCGAUUGCGCGAAAAGUUGCGCAAAUCCGACGAGCAGCUCAAGGAGUCACAGAGCCUUUUGGAAAAAACUCAACAGUCACAAAGCAAAGCCGCGCUCAGCGAGACCGAAAAACGAGAGCGCAGGGCUAUGGAAAGGAAGCUUUCCGAAAUGGAAGAAGAAUUAAAGAUAUUGGAAACCCUCAAAUGUGAGAAUCAGAGGCUGAAAGACGAGAACGGUGCCUUGAUACGCGUCAUUAGUAAGCUGUCUAAAUGAAAAAGGGACAAAUUCAGAGCUGCAGCUCGACUCGACUGCAGCGAAGAAUCGCGCGAACGAAGAUGACGUUAAUAAACGAAGAAACAUACGCAAUAAUAAAAUGUAAACUAAUGUGUAACGCGCGAUAAGUUCUCAAUAUUAUUAUAUAUAUUUUGCUAUUUUAUCCUCUUCGUGUUUUUAUUAUAUCAUACGUUGUAAAUGUGCAACGAGAGUACAUUGAGCAACGAUUUUACUUUAUGUUUUUUCUCGAUUUUAUAUACUCGUGUGUGCCGUAAAAAAUCGUGAUAAAAAGCUUUAUAUUUGUAGAAAAAAGCACGUGGGAUUUUUUCACUCACUUAUAUUGAACGAGUUUGUCGUUAAAAAUUUUUAUCGAGCAAAUAUUGUAUUGUCAAUUUGUUUGUUGGCCUUAUUAUAGAGAAUUUCAUUGUAGACAAAUAACAUAUAUUUAUCCAUUGGCUUUUUUUGUAAAAAAAUGAACGAUUUUGGUUUAUCAACUUGAUUGCUAUUGUAUGUUUAAUGUGGACUUAAGAACCCAACUUAGAACUACCAUUUUUGAAAAUCUUACAACAUUUAUAGUACAUUCAAUGUAUGAAAAAGAAAAAAAAUAAAACUUUGAAGCAUUAAACUUUUGUAAGCAAGGUGAACUUGUGUAAGCGAAAUGCAAUUCGUUUAAUUGUAAACUGGGUUAGGUUUACAUACUUUUAUAUAAGAUUUUUCAAAAUAUUUUCAAUGAAUUUUACAAUACCAUGAUGUAUUCGUGGUUUAUAAUUAGAAUGUGGUAUGUCCAUUAGAAUCCUUUAAAAUUUGGAUCUUUUAUUUUUACAUUCUUUUAUUCGAGAUGCGUUUGAGAGAUUUUUAUAUAUGCCUAUUAUUAUAGAUAUUAAAUAAAAUCAGUAUUCUGGCAUUGUUGAAAAUUGAAAAAAAAAAUCAUUUAAACAACUUGUUUUCUUGAGCACUAGUAAUAAUGUAUUUAAAAAUAUGUCAAAAAUUUAAUUAUAAUUUAGUUAUACAAGAGGAUGGCAAGAGAAUAAAAAAGUAAAAAAUAAAAUGUACACACUCUAGCCAUAUGGAUUCUAUGACUUCGACUUGAAUACAAUAAAUAAGAAAAGAAAAUUAAAAAUGAUCGACAAUAUUUACAUGUUUAAGCUUGCACGCCUUAAAAAAUUUUAAUAGUGCGUUGCGUUCGAUUUGUGAGCUCUACAUAAGUCACGUAAAAUAUAAUUAUCUAAUGACUAACGUUUUGCAGCGUUAACUUAUUUUACAUUUUUAAAUCAAUGGGCGAUACGAAUAUUUUUUGCCUACGCAUGUGUAACACGUAAUUAAUAAGACAAUUUUCAUGAAUUUUAAAAGUUUCUCGUACUAAGAGCUUAACUAUGAAAAAAAUUUAACAAAAAUCAUGGUGUUAAAAAGAAUAUUUUGCAAGGAGUAAUCUGACGUUUAUUAUGAUAUGGAGUUUUCCUCGACUAGAUACUCCGGAAUAAUUAGUGUGGAUUAGUUUAAUCUAGGUAAUCGAGCUCGUUACGAAUGUUAUAUUUUUAUUUCGAAAUCAUAAAUUGAAUGUUUAUAAGUACAAUUAUAGUAAGGAAAUACAUGUUUUAACUCCUAAAUGAAUGCAUAAAAUCAAAUUCCUUAUGGGAUGUAUCUAAUUCAAAUAAGAUAUCCGAAAAGAAAAAUAUCGUUUAUAAUGAUUCAGAAAUUAUUAUUGAUUACUUGAAAAAAUUAAAUAUUUAUGAAGAUUAUAGAAAGCAUAAAACAGAUAUAUUUGUAGAAUGAACCCUAUUUGUUCAAUGUGAACUUUUGCAAAGCGUCAUCUUUUUCGAUCGAAAAUCCUUAACUAUUUUUUACCAAUUUUUCGCUAUUAUAUUACGGAAACAUAAAAAAGUGGAUUUUUAAGAAAAGUGAAGUCGUCCAAAGAUAAAACUUUUUCCUCUAAACUUUUAUAUGAUAAUAAAGAAUAUUUGAUACUCACUAUUGUCUACUUGAUAAUGGUCUACAAAGAUCAAUAGUGAUGAAUUUUUAGAUUGUCUAUUAAUCUAGUUUAUAACUUUUAGAAUACAUCAUCAAAAUAACAAUUUUAUAUUGAAGUAUAGCCGACUCUUUUAAUUUCGUUACUGUGAAAAGGUUUUUUCUAAACUUACUCAAACAACCA